GCUAAAACAUGUUGAGAUUUGCUUGGCAACAGCUGUUGCGGCGGGGCAGCGGGUCAGCCAAAUGUUGCUCGACUGCCAGCGGUAAGGUAAACUGGAACGUGGAUGUUGACAAAUGUGCCGAAGCUAGCUGUGCGCUGGUCGAUCAGGCAGCAGAGCUACUGAAAGAGGCAAAUAAAGAGAUUCGCGUCUUUAAAACCAAAGCGAACAAUCAGGAUCUGGUCACAGUCACCGAUCGUCAGAUCGAGGAUUUGCUGGUGUGUGGCUUGAGGCGACAGUUUCCCGAUCAUGUCUACAUUGGCGAGGAGGGCACCUCCGGCCCCGCAACGGGACGCCAGCUGACCAAUCAGCCCACCUGGAUCAUAGAUCCCAUCGAUGGCACCGUGAACUUUGUGCAUGGCUGUCCCUACAACUGCAUCUCCGUGGCCUUCUGGCUGAACAGGCAGCCAGAGCUCGCGAUUUGCUACUGCCCCACACUGCAGCUCAAGCUGACAGCUCGUCGGAAGCGCGGCUGCUACUUGAAUGGCCGCCAGAUACGCACAAGCGGGCAGAGAGAGCUGCGGCGCUCGCUGGUCCUGCACGAGAUGCACGCCUCCAAUAUGGGCGACGACCACAGGGACACGCUCUGGGCCAUGACUGUCAACCUUUUUUGCAGGGCACAAACCCUACGCAGCACAGGCUCUGCUGUCAUGGAUCUGUGCCUGGUGGCCAUGGGCGCGGCCGAUGCCUACGUCGAGUUCUUGCCCCAUUGCUGGGAUGUGGCAGCGGGCGCUCUGCUCGUGCGCGAAGCAGGCGGCGCAGUCAUGGAUCCCGCGGGAGGCGAGCUCGAUAUCAUGUCCAGGCGGGUCCUGGCCACUGCAACGCCCGAGCUGGGCUGCCAGAUGGUCCAGCUGCUGGCCGACAGCCAGAUAUAUCAUAAACGAGAUGAUCAGCCUUAGGUGGCGUGGAGUCACAC